AUGCCAUCUAAUCACCACUACCAACCACAAUCACUCCUUUCAAAAUUUCAUGCCUGCCUGGCAGCGCUUACACUUCCCCUCCUCACCUCUCCAUCGGCCACAACCGCUGCAGCCGCACCCCAGGGACCGGGUGGGUUCCAUAAGGUCACUAUUGCGAAUCCUAUCCGCGGACCAGCCGUGGAGAACUACCGGUUCGAAUCGCCACUCACCAAAGUUACCAACAAUCCUGGUACCGGGCUGGGAGAAGCUGUAUAUGGGAACGACCUAAAUCUGCUCGACCUGGUGAUCUGUGCCAGCGUCGAUGGGAAGUUCCAUGCGUUGGAUCGGGCGACGGGACGAAAGCUGUGGAGCAUGGAGAGCGACCCUUCCGUUAGCGCGGGAGGAGCAAAUAGCUCCUUAUUCCAGCCUUUAGUGAGGAACGAGGAGCUUGCUUUACCCGUAUCUGCUUCUCGGAGGCGCGAUGCAAGUGGCGGAGGGAUAUGGGACGAUGCGGACGAGGAAGACGACUCCUUCCACACUUUGCUGGAAAAAUACGUUAUCGAACCGCAAUCCGGAGAUAUCUACAUGAUCCCUGAUCCUGGGUCGCCCGAGCACCAACUUCAGAAACUGCCUUUCAGCAUGUCCCAGCUGGUCGAGCUCAGCCCCUUCUCUUUUCCAGGAAGUAAUCGCAUCUUCAUAGGCAAGAAAGAAAGCAGCCUUUUGGCACUCGAUUUACAGACCGGGAGGGUGAGUGGAAGUUUCGGAUUCGGACCAGACAGCUGCAGGUGGGAUCCGUGGUAUAAGGAUGAUGCCGUUGAUGGAGAGGAAGAGUAUGAUGAUCUGAAUAUCCUCCCACGGCAGAUCGUCUACAUCGGUCGAACUGACUAUCACCUCAUCGUGCACGACAAGGGCCAGCGACCCCUCCAGUCACUUGCAUUCUCCACAUAUGGGCCGAACAAUGCUGAUCGGGAUAAGCAGUCGUCUUGGCUCGGUACGCCGGAUAAACGCUACCUCCAACCGAUGCAAGAUGGGCAGGUGCUGUGUUUCGAAACCGGGCAGGAGAGGCCCAUCUGGGGGACGAGAUUUCCUUCGCCUAUUGUGGCCGUAUUUGACGUCGUUAUCCCCGCGUACGCCACGCAGCCUAUCAUCCUCUCCCAGCCCACGCCGCGUCUGACCGAUGUCUUCCCUGGCCGAUACACUCAGCUCACCGACAUCCCCCCAAAAACUUAUGUCGGACGGGUUCCUGCUUCUUCCCAGAGCGGCGCAGGUUCCCUUUAUGCAAUGUCGCACGCCAAUUACCCGCUCAUCACUUUCUCCGAAGUGCCAGAGCGGAAAGCACAACACCACCACGCUCAUGCUCACACCUCCGAUUCGGACGCCUCCGAAGAAAACGAGGGUGCACCGGAGAACGGGGAGGAACAAGAGGAUGAUAACGCUCUCUGCUGGGCAGACGACUGCCUGAUUGGCGCCUACUAUUCGGACAUGGCCACUCAGUCCCGCUUGAACCGACUACUUGAAGGUCGUCGCAGACUGACGAUUGAUUCUCAACGUCCUCUACUCCUGAGCGCGAACGCCGGUGACCCUUCUUCUCCCAAACUCGACACUAUGCCCCCAAGGGCAUCAUAUGUCUCUCUCCCUCGACUGUUGAGUAACCAGGCUCUCCUGGGUAGCAGAGCAGAGGAUUGGGGCGGGAUCAACGCCGUCGCCGUCGCACUGUGCAUUAUGCUGUUGUUUGCAUGGCUAACGACGAGGAGGGGGAAUGUGUGGGACCUGUUGGGUCGGAAGGCGGAUAAGGGGCUGAUUGCGUUGGAGGAUGAACAUCAGCGGGAAGCGGCCAGACUUGCAGGGAAGGGGAAACAGGUGAAGCAGGAGAAGAAAAUGAACGGAAGCACGAAGAUCGAGGAGAUCAAGCCGGUGCAGGAGGUGGCGGCCACAGUCGAGGAUGCACGUACACCUGUUCCACCGCCUCCGCAGACCGACUCCCCAAGCAUCCCCAUCAUCUCCCUAAACGGUGACGGUGAUCCUGCAGAUGGGGAAGCCGACUCGGAGGACGACAAGUCACCAGGUCUUGGGAAGAAGCGGGUGAAACGACGGAAUCGGGGUAGAGGCCGACGGGGGAAGUCCAAACCUGAGGGUGACGACGGCGAGGGCGGUAUUGCAGAUGGAGGAAAGGAUUUGAUGGAUGCAGAGAUCAAGGUGCUUAGGGAGGAGGAGGCGCGUGCGCAGGCACAAGGACCUGGAUUCAACGGUGGGGAGGAGAUGGGGGAGGUGCAACUCUCGAGGACAAGGAGUGGAACGCUACCACAGAGUUUGUUAAUGCUGUCGGAUGUCAUCUUGGGUAUGCCUGUUUUAAUUGGGAUCAUGGAUGGGAAAGUGACUCUAGAUAUGAUAGGUUAUGGAUCCCACGGGACCAUCGUCUACCAAGGUUCCUUACAAGGUCGACCAGUGGCCGUGAAGCGCCUCCUUCAGGAUUUCGUCACAAUCGCUUCUCGCGAAGUCUCUCUGCUUCAAGAGUCAGACGAUCACCCUAACGUCAUCCGUUACUUCUACCAAGAGCAACGAGACGGUUUCUUAUACAUCGCGCUGGAGCUGUGUCCUGCUUCGCUCGCCGACAUAGUCGAGAAACCCCGGGAGGCGUUCUCAGAGCUCAGGGGCAGCUUCGAGCCGAAAAGAGCGCUGAUGCAGAUAACAAAAGGACUACGACAUCUGCACUCCCUCAAGAUCGUGCACCGUGAUAUAAAACCGCAGAAUAUCUUGAUCUCGCAGAACAAGAGAGGAGAGCUGAGAAUGCUUAUUUCCGACUUCGGCCUGUGCAAGAAGCUCGAGCUGGACCAGACGAGUUUCCUCCCUACACAAGGGAGCGGGCCGCAAGCUGCUGGGACAGCAGGUUGGCGAGCUCCUGAGAUUCUCAGGGGAGAUGUCAACCUGGACCCUCAGUCAGCCGAGUCCUCCUUCAACGGGCGAGAAGGGGGCGAGCAGAAGGAGUCGUCAUCGUCUUCCGGUACACGAUUAACGAAGUCGGUGGAUAUCUUCGCGCUCGGCUGUUUGUUUUAUUAUACCCUGUCUGGUGGGGAGCACCCCUAUGGAGACCGGUUCUCCAGGGAGGCGAAUAUUCUAAAGAAUGAGAAGAGCCUGACUUGGCUGGAUAAGCUAGGCGAAGAGGGCCUAGAGGCCGAGGACUUAAUCGGCCAGAUGUUAGAGCCUGACCCGUCUGCAAGACCAUCAACCGAUGAUUGCCUGAUUCACCCCUUCUUCUGGACACCAGCGAAACGGCUCAACUUCCUCCAGGACGCUUCCGAUCGAUUCGAGGUGAUGGAGCGCGAACCGAAGGAAGCUCCUCUCCUCGCGCUAGAGACAGGCCCAGCCAAUGUGUUGGGGCCAGACUGGCACCGCAAGCUGGACAAAGCAGUGAUCGAGAACCUGGGCAAGUUCAGAAAGUACGACGGCAAGUCAGUACAGGACUUGCUCCGCGCUUUGCGCAACAAGAAACAUCAUUAUCAGGAUCUGCCUGACCAUGUGAAACGCCUGUAUGGUCCGCUGCCUGAAGGCUUCUUGGGGUACUUCACACGGCGCUUCCCAAGACUCUUCCUCCAUAUAUAUGGCGUCAUCUCGAACUGCGGGCUUCGGUACGAGAGCAUGUUCAGGCAGUAUUUCGAUCAUGUCGAGUCGUGAUGUUCAUUGAUGUUCUCCCUUUUUUCUACUUGGGCAUUCCGUUGGGUGAGCGGGGGGACGUGUGCGGUGGACAUUAUUCGUCAGCAAGGAAGUCCUUUCAUGUUAUCAAGCAUUGUAUUCCCUUAUCGCACGUAUUGUAUAUUAG